AUGUUUUCUGAGAAGGUCCCUGAGGGUAUGUUACCGAAAUGGGAAUCACUUGCCGAAGAGCUGGACGCUUGUGUGCCCGGGUAUCCUAGGCUAGCACGUGAGAUGGAGCAGGCGCCAGCGAGUACAAUCUUUCGUCGUUUUUCAGCAUUGAAUGCCCGGAACUUGCUUUAUCUACAGCGCGACUUGAUUAUGCUUGAGAAUCGUCUGAAGCAAGUCGAGUAUAGGGACAGCAUAUCAACGAAGGGCUUCAGGCAGCAUUAUGCGAAAGACUCCAACAACCUACACUAUUCGACAGCUUUUGGCGAUUCCGUACAAUGGAAUCUUAUGCUCCAGGUUCGGGAGAGAUUGAAAGAGUACAACGAAACCCUGGUCCUCCAAUCCAUUAUACUGAAGCUCCCUGUACCUGAUGAUUAUGACGUCAAGGACAUCAGCUGCUUUAUCCACUUGCCGCAAGGUAUGAACGCUCCAUUGAGUGGCUCCGACAAAGCGACAUGGGGAUUACCCGAGCAGCCUGAUCUACGAGCCGCAGACCUCGUUACGCUCAAGCCCCGGCGGAAAGAGGAUAGAUUUUCCAAUUUCGUCUCGGAACACGCAAUACGCUAUGUACAAUGGCCUCUUAAGCUUUUCCAGUCCAAGAAGAAGCGAGAAGAACACCAUGGUAUGGUGACAUACAAGGAUAGGACCAUUCACCGGGCCACAUACAUCAUCAUUGGCACCUUGGCAGGUCUAGCGCCUAUACUGAGUAUCAUCGUAUUAACGAAGCUGCAUACAAUGAAAGCAAGGCUGUGGACAACCGCCGUGUUCAAUGUAGGAAUUGCGUUCAGCCUACAACUAUUCACCGAGGCGAAGAGAAUGGAUAUAUUUGCUGUUACGGCCGCGUUAGUAUAA